AUGGUCAGCCAGGGCCCUCGCACCUCGCGUUCCUCUACCCCAUUACAUACGAGAUGGUUCAGCGACAACACCGCCAGCCGGGAUCCGAUGAGCUCACCAGAGGACGAGAAUCAUGAUCCUUCGGACAUCAUUUCGGCGGAGUCCGAUGCUCGCGAUGAGCAGCCUCUGAAACCUAAGAGGCGGUUGCGAAUUCUGGACCAACCCCCCGCGCCUAGAGAGACAGUAUACGUUGGUAAUCUCUUCUAUGAUGUGACGGCGGAAGACUUGAAGAACCACAUGCAGAAGUUUGGUGUUGUGGAGAGAGUCGAUCUCAUUGCUGAUAACCGAGGAAUGAGCAGAGGGUUUGCAUACGUGCACUUUGACUCUAUUGAUGCCGCCAGACGUUGCGUCGAGGCUAUGCAUAUGCAAGUCUAUGAGGGCCGCCGUAUAACCGCGCAAUAUGCAAGCAGCGGGGGCGGAUCCAGGCCCGUGCAGCCCGUUUCAAAGACGCUGUACCUCGGCAACCUGUCGUUUGAGAUGACCGAUCGGGAUCUGAACGAGCUCUUCAAGGAUAUCAACAAUGUGAUCGAUGUUCGGGUAUCGAUUGAUCGUCGCACAGGGCAUCCUCGCGGCUUCGCUCAUGCGGAAUUCCUCGAUGUCGAGAGCGCUCAGAAGGCUUUCGAGAUUCUCAGUGGGAAGGCACCUUUCGGUCGACGAAUCCGCGUGGACUACAGCAAUACCAACAGAAGGGGUAGUCGUAUCGAGGAGGUCCCGGAUGAGCAGUAA